UCGGUCGAAUAUCAACAAAUCGCAAGUUCUCAAAAUAAGAAAUGAUUAUGAUUAUAUAGUAAAGACAAAAAACAUUCAUUAUUCCUUGCGUAAUGCUAGUGAUAAGUUCUGAUGUGACAAGUAUAAGAAAAUAUAUGUUAGUGCUCAUAUGAAGUUUCUAUUUGUGUAUUGUAAAUAUGAAUAAUUUUCUAUUUAAACUUAGUUUUUUAAGUACUAACGCGGGGAUAUUUAGACAUUUUUCCGUUUCAGCAGCUAGAAAUGCGAACUACUCAUGCAAAUUACUCGUGGUGGGUGGUGGCUCCGGGGGCUGUACGAUGGCAGCUAAGUUUGCAAGACGAUUGAAAAAAGACUCUGUAAUUGUAUUAGAACCCAGUUCGGAUCAUUACUACCAGCCUCUGUUCACGCUGGUCGGCGCGGGCGUGACGUCGGUGGCCGCGACCCGGCGGAGCGCUCGCAGCGUGCUGCCCUCGGCCGCCCAGUGGGUACAGGACUCGGCUGAAAGCAUACACCCUAAAGAGAACGUGGUCAAAACCACUGGAGGACAUACUAUCAACUACGAAUAUCUAAUCGUGGCCGUUGGAUUGGUGAAUGACUAUGCUAAGGUACCCGGUCUGACCGAAGCAUUAAAAGAUAGAAACAGCGGGGUAUCAACAAUAUACUCCUCCGACUAUUGCGAGAAGACGUGGUCAGACUUCAAAAAUUUCAAAGGUGGCGAAGCGGUGUUCACGUACCCGGACACCCCCAUCAAGUGUCCCGGGGCGCCGCAAAAGAUCGCAUAUAUGGCUGAUUCGUAUUUUACAAAGACGAACGUGCGUUCAAAGUCUAACAUAACGUACAACACGUGCCUGCCCGUCAUCUUCGGCGUCAAGAAGUACGCGGACGCGCUCAUGAAAGUUGUCGAGCGGAAGAAGAUCAAAGUCAACUACAAGACCGUGCUCAAAGAGGUCCGUCCCGACAAGAAGGAGGCCGUGUUCUACAACGUGGACGACAGGAGCAAGGAGUCGACGCAGGCGUACUCGCUGCUGCACGUGACGCCGCCGAUGCGGCCGCCGCGCGUGCUGCUGGCGGGCGGCGCGGCGCUGGCGGACGCGGCCGGCUUCCUCACCGUGGACAAGUUCUCCCUGCAGCACACCACCUACCCCAACAUCUUCGGCAUCGGCGACUGCACCGACACGCCCAACAGCAAGACCGCGGCCGCCAUCGCGAAGCAGGCGGCGGUGGUGGAGCACAACCUGCAGACGGCCAUGGGCGGCGGCGGCGGGCGGCGCGCGUACGACGGCUACGGCGCGUGUCCGCUCGUCACGUCGUACCACACGUGCGUGCUGGCCGAGUUCCUGUACGACGGCGUGCCGCACGAGACCUUCCCCAUCAACCAGGCGCGCGAAAGCAUGAUGGCGUACUACAUGAAGAGAGACUUAUUUCCUUUCAUAUAUUGGAAUUUCAUGCUGAAGGGACACUACAACGGACCGGAGUUUAUCAGGAAGAUCAUCAACCCGUUUGCUAAAUAAAAAUAUUUUAUAUGAAUAUAAAAUAACAUUUAUUUACAUGAUAACAAAUACAAAUGUUGGAUUUUCAAAACUAACCAACCUAACCUUUUUAGGUUUUCUUAGUGAUGGAGAAUGGUGACGUGUGUACUACGCAAUGUUAUCGAAAUAUAUUAUGUGAACUGACGAACAAACGAAUGUAACUGUUAUAUGUACUGCGAUAAGGUUUCAUUUAGAUUGUAUUAAUCCAGACUUGUAUAACAAAUGCUACUAAAAUUAAUAAUUUGAUUCCUAUAAUAUAUUAUUAUAAAGCGAUUUUAUUUGUAGUGAGUACUAGAAGAGACAGUCUAUAUUAGUUUGGAGAUGAAAAUAUGAAAUUGUAUAAUAUUCAGAGUAUAUUUUGUUAAUAAAAAAAAUUAUAUUUACUUUAAAAAAAAGUAUAUUUAAAAUUAAAA